AUGGCCAACUUUCUAGCUUCAAUCUUCGGCACAGAGCUCGACAAAGUCAACUGCUCCUUCUACUUUAAAAUCGGCGCCUGCCGCCACGGCGACCGCUGCUCCCGCAAGCACGUCAAGCCGUCGUACUCGCAGACGAUCCUCAUGCCAAACCUAUACCAGAACCCGGCCUACGACCCCAAGAACCGGAUGAACCCGUCCCAGCUGCAGAACCACUUCGACGCCUUCUACGAGGACAUUUGGUGCGAGCUCUGCAAGUAUGGCGAGCUAGAGGAGCUAGUAGUCUGCGACAACAACAAUGACCACCUCAUCGGCAACGUCUAUGCGCGCUUCAAGUACGAGGAAUCUGCACAAACAGCCUGCGACGAACUCAACUCCCGCUGGUACGCCGGCCGCCCCAUCUACUGCGAACUCAGUCCCGUCACCGACUUCCGCGAGGCUUGCUGCCGCCUCAACUCGGGAGAGGGCUGCGUCCGCGGCGGCUUCUGCAACUUUAUUCACCGCAAGAAUCCGAGCGAGGAGCUGGACCGCGACCUGACGCUCAGUACGAAGAAGUGGUUGAAGUUGAGGGGUCGGGAUGAGCGGAGCAUGAGCAGGUCGCCCACACCAGAGGCGUCCAAGAGACGGUGA